AUGACAUACAAAGCAACAAAAUUUGUUCAGUUGACAUUGCCUCACUCGGAAAGCAUACCCAUUCCAAAUAGACCAAGCCCUACUGAAGAAUAUAUGCCGCCAACUUUUGUAACCGCUGGAGAAUUAAGUGUAACCGAAUAUGUGCCAUCAAACGUUACUCCAAAUUGCAACCAUAUGGAAAUUACACAAAACCGUCUUGACAUUAUGAUACGCCGCCUCAAGUUAUCGCAGCGACAAUCGAUUCUCUUAGCCAAAGAAUUGAAACAAGUGAACAUUUUGGCACCUGACGCUCGUAUAUAUGGAUCAAUUGGCCGUCAUCGUCGUUUUUCUAAUUUUUUUAAAUCAAUUGAAAAUAAUACAUUGGCUUUUUGCCUUGAUAUUCGUGGUUUGGUUUUAACUUUGCAUCAUGAAUAUAAACCUGAAGACUGGAGACUAUUUAUAGAUUCAUCCAAAAGUAGUUUAAAAGCAGUUCUACUCCACGUUACCAACUCAAAAAAUUCCGUCCCGAUUGCAAUAAGCACAAACACAAAGGAGAACUAUUCAUCCCUGAAAAAAAUCAUCGAUCUAGUGAAGUACGAUGAGCACAAAUGGAAAAUUUGUGCGGACCUAAAGGUCGUUUCAAUUUUAACUGGUUUGCAAUUGGGGUACACAAAAAAUAUGUGUUUUAUGUGUUUAUGGGACACUCGUUAUGCUGGCGAUCAAAACGAAAAACGAAACUGGCCUACACGAGUACUUAACGGGCCUGAUAUUCGACGUUUGAUAAAGAACAGGCUAUUCGAAGAUGCUCUUAGUGAUGCAGAGCUUGUGGCAUGGAACUGUUUAAAAGCGGUCAUUGAAAAUGUACUCGGAGCUCACCGAUCCAAAGAUUGGCGCAUACAUAUUGAAAACAUGCUUAAGGCUUUCCACAACAUCGGUGUUAGCAUGUCUUUGAAAUUACAUUUUCUUCAUUGCCACAUCGAAAAAUUUGCCGAACAAUCACCAGCCGAAUCCGAUGAGCAUGGUGAACGCUUUCAUCAGAUAAUGUUCAGCAAGACUCGAACAUUGGUACAGCGGAAAGAAACUUGA